AUGCCUUCCUCCGCGGUCUGUCGAGCUAACGAUAAGAUGUCAACCUUUCAGAUGUCUCCGUAUUCCGUCAAGUUCGUGUUGUUUUCGGCGAUUCGCAGGAAUGACGUCGAAGCCGUGCGAACACUGGUUUCGCGGCAUCGCCUGCACUUGACUGCCGACAACGUGGAUUACCAGGCUCUUCGUAAGGCCAUCAAGUACGACCGCGUCGAGAUCGCCAACCUGCUGGUGGAGAGCGGCUGCCGCGUCUGUGUGCCGUAUGAGCAGGACAACUCUCCACUACACCUCGCCGUGAUAAGGCCGAAGUUCGAAGCGCUGGUCGUUGAACUGCUUCAGAAGGACGCAAACCUUAGUCAGAGGAACCGUCGCGACGAGACGCCGAUUCAAAAGGCGUUCCAUGAAGGGGCGUCUUGCUUGGUGAUACAGAUUUUAUUCGACGUCUACCUAGCGGAGAGCUGUCUAAACGAAAAGGACGAGGAAGGAUUUUCCUACUUGCACAUAGCUUGCGCCACGUCUGACCUGGAAACGGUCACUAAUUUCGUGGAGAAAGGUGGCGCAGAUAUACACCAGCGGGUCAAAGACGACGGCUACUCGCAGUAUGCAGGCAGAACGCCGCUGCACAUGGCAGCUGAGUUCGGACAUACCGAGGUAAUUCUUUACCUCCUAGAAAAUGGCGCCAAGAUUUAUAGAGAAGAUGCAGAUGGAUCAACCCCUCUGCAGCUAGCCGUAGAACGAGGGGAUCGAGACAUCGUUGACUUGAUGUCGAACUACGACGAGCAGCAUCCUAAUGGCUAG